AUGUCUAUCCUAACAGCUCGUUUUAUCCAUCGCCUAAAUGAUACUGGUCACAUUCUUACUGGAAGAUUCAAUAUCUGGAGGACAUCGCAGUUAGCAACCCCAACAAGAUGUCUCUCGUCGUACGACUCAUCCGUGCGACACGGGCUUUUCGUGUCUAACGUCCGACGCGGCUAUGCAAGCAAACGCAAAUCGGAAUCAAAUUUAGAUUCGGACAAACUAGCUUCGUUACGCGACCCCAAUCAAACGAUUCAAAGCCAAAGCCAAAAUCAAAACAACGAGCUAAAAGUAAAACGACCUGACCGAAUCGAACGUUGGCCAACACCCGUCCUCACACAACAUGAAGUCGAGGAAUUCUUGGUUCCCUUAUACGAUCGCGGUUGGGCCAUUAGUCACGUCGAGGGUAAAACUCGUUAUGGUGGAUUAUACAACGUUCCUACCUUAAGGAAGUUUAUUAUUAUUCGUGGUGGUGAACAUGUGGAGAAUACGUUUAUGAAGAUCUUAAUAGACUUGGAGAAAAGUGAGAAUCACCACGUGCAACUCAGAUGGUCAGGGAAGAGAGGGAAAGGAUCCUGGUUCACGACUCAAAAGGGGCCUAAAGAUUACGAAACCGAAAAUAUGCCCCGAUCCGACUAUCCGUUUUUAACAAUCUCCAUACACACUCACAGCGCUAUCUUACCUCCUCCAAUCGAACCUUCCACCAACACCAGCAAUAACGAAAACGCUAAACAAAACGAAUCCAAAUUCGAAAUCAACUCCAGGCGUGUCUCCGGCCUCACGUUACGUGAUAUUCGAUUUGCCAUGUUACUGGAUGAACGAGUGGAGGAAUGGAACGCUCAGCAAGAUAAACCAGAGCAAAUGCUCGAAAAUGGCGCUUCGAUGUUCAUUUGGAACCCCAAUGAUGAGGUCUUUGUGUUCCCGGAUAAUGUGGAAGAGUUGGCUGAGGGGCCCAGAGAGAAAGGUCAUUCGAUGGAGUGAAUUUGCAUCUGCUUGCUACGCAAGGACUUGGCGCACAGCGAAGCCGUGUCAACGAGCAAUACAUAGCCUACUUGGCAGACCCACGACUGAGGGAUCAGGCUUCUCUCCCAAUCUCCGUUUAGUUAAACAGCCGAUUAGGCACGCAUGCAACCUCCCCUGGACAAGCCGUGCACAGUAAGUCUUGCAAAGCUAAAUGAUAUUCUUUAUCUCGCGGUAUCUCUACGAACGCC